AUGGGGCAUGGACUUUGGUCUGCCAUCUGUCUAUGGCUCUUUGCCAGGUUCGUAGCUGCGCAAGAGUUUCCAACACCUGAGACAUGGAAGUACGAAUAUCCCGAGCAGCAAUACUGGAAGAACAUUGUUGACGCGCAGUGCGGGUCAACGUAUCAAUCACCGAUCGAUAUUCCAAAGAAGCUGACCUACGUCGACCAUGCCAACCUCACGCGCUUGGCAGCAGGAGUUGGAGAACGGCUUGGGCCGUUUGCUUGGAGCCUCGCGGCACAGACAGUAAAUGUAACCCUGCAUCCAGGGCCGCUGACAUGGGAUGUCAGACUGGUAAAUCCAGAAGCGGUUGUGGUUCAAAUUGGCGGUUUAGACUACAAGCUGGAGUCCAUCAGCUUCAAGACCCCAUCAGAACACACCGUAGAGGGUGGCCACAACGCAAUGGAGAUCCAGAUGCGCCACGUGGCUACGACCCUUUUUGGAGGUGAGCAGAAGGUGCUUAUGGUUUCCAUUAGUCUCAGACUCGCUGCAAAUGUCGGCAAUUCCUUUCUGACCCCGAUCUGGUCAACCAUGCCAGUCGAUGGCAAAGGGGCUCCCUCUGUGUUCAUCGCAAACCCUUAUUCGGAGCUUGCUCCUCCAGACAGGUCUUAUGUUCGGUAUACUGGGUCGACGACCACUCCGCCCUGCGAACGUGCCGAGUGGAUUGUCUUUAUGGAGCCCGGCUACCUUGGUAUUCAGCAGCUUCAGCAAUUCCGGUCCAGCAUCAGCGGAUACCAGCCCUCCAGACUGGCCCCUGCCAACAGCACACUGCCGACGGGAGUCUCCGAAUCUUGGGACAGUCGGUGGGGUCGGAACAAUCGCCUUGCUCAGGACCUGGGCUUUCGCGAAGUUCAGAUGGUACAGAUGAUGAAUGUUGACGCAAACGCCGUUCCAAAGUUGACGGCCGUCGCAGGCAUGGCGGGGAAUUCCUCCUGGGAGCAGCUCAACAUCUACUGGAUUAUCGCAAUCACUCUGCUGGUCCUGGCUUGUAUAAUAUGCGGUGUGUGGCUACUCAGGGCACAGCUCUUUCACGAGGAGGAAUACCCAUACCCAGCCGGUAUGUAUGACCCCUCCGGAUUCACCGGCAUGCAUGGCAGAGAGCUUCACCAGAAGGGCUGCUGCGAAGUUUCGGAUUCUGAAGAAGAAAUGGUGUUCCAGCCACAUGCACCAUACCCGGGACCGUGGCAAAUGCCAGCACCAUCGUACCUACACCCCUUCCCGGAGCAGUACAUGUAUGCACCACCAGGGAGAUCCGGCUUUGGGAAGCAGGACCAAAUCUACAUCGCUUGA